CCCACAAGAAAGCUCAGAGUGCCAAGACAACCCUAGGGCUUUAGGGAGUGCAUACUGGGUGGACCCACUGAAGGAUGGCCGUGCUUUGGAAAGCAGUGGCAGGUGGACUGCUCUUCACUGUCUGCCUCAUGGGAUGGCGAGUUGAAGGGCAGGGGAACAAUAAAAAAGAGGUAUCGGGGGAUUCCAUCAUCUACCUUGGUCAGGAGAGAAACCCCUGGAGGCCUCUGAUCCGCACGACAGCCAACCUCACUGAGAUCAGCAGCAUCAAAUCGAGUUUUCAGUUUCGGACCUUUGACCCCGAGGGAGUGAUUUUCUACGGAGACACCAAAAAUGGAAAGGACUGGUUUGUUUUGUCCCUGAAAGAAGGAAUUCCCCUCAUGCAGAUCAGCAAAGAGGACGUACAAGUCAGCGUGACAGGUGGGCCAAAGCUCAAUGAUGGAAAGUGGCAUACGGUGGAUUUGAGCAACCACGGAAAGUUUGUGAUUCUGGAAGUGGACAGCUCACCUGGACUGGUGGUGGGAUUGCACUCCAAACAGACAAAAGAGGUCAUUUCUGGGGAACUUCGAUUGGCCCUCGGUGGGAUCCUGAUCACCAAGGACAAGAUGAUUGUUCAGAUGGAUCCACAGAUGGACGGCUGCAUACGGGAAGGCCGCUGGUUAAACCUCAACAUACCCUGGGUGGCAGAUGCAGAAGAGCUCUGGCUUUGCCAUCAGAACAUUCGACCUGGCAGCUUCUUUGCUGGCGAAGGAUUCAGCAUUUUCAACACCUCAGUUUUCAGCAUCGAUGAAGAUCAGGGCUUCAAGGUUGAAUUUUGGGGAGACUUCAGUCAGAUGGAUGGAACCAUUCUGAGCAUCAUGUCCUCACAGGAAGAGUUGCUGGGAGCUUUGGUAGCCAAUAAUAACACAAAUGAGAUUCAUCUCACUAUCAGGAAGGAAAAACAUGUUGUGAAAAACACUUUGAAGAGGCUGCAGAUUACUUUCCUGAAGUAUAUUGUGAAAUGGUUAAUUUAUUUAGAUGAAUCAAAUGAAAUAAUGUUUUCUUAUGGACCAGAGAGUACUCCUGGAAAUCUGACAACGCUGACAGAGGGGCGUUUCGCCAUUGGAGGUCUUCUGGGUGGUGGUAAAGAUAUGGUUGGCUCCCAUUUCCUGACAGGCUGUCUAGAGAAGAUCCAAGUCCAAGGGAAGGAUUUGGAUCUGGAUUCAGCUGUCAAAGACAUGUCAGCUUCUUCUCAUAGCUGCCCUGCAUAGACAACAAACGCAUGUGUGCACUGGAAUUAAUUUCAUUAACUAUAGGUUCAUAAUUCAUUAAAAAUAAGAUAACUGCAAAUUAUUCCCAUAAUAGUGUGAUAUUCUGUAUGCUAAAAGACUAAUGUGUCUUAGCAGAAACCAAAGAAACAUGCAGAAAAUAUGUAAAGAAGUGGAAUUAAAAAAAUCACCAACAUAAGAUGCAAAACUCAAUUCUGAGAAGCAAUUAGUGGCUGCAAAGAGAUGCACAAAUUUAAAUAUACUCAAAUAUAAAUUACUAAAAUGUAAUGAAAUCUAAUCAUUGAUGGAUUCAAACCAUAACAUAGAAAUGGAUGUGUUUAUAAAUAAAAUUGAUAAGGUGCCAUUAAAAAGGAAAAUCACGACAAAAGUGCAAAAAUACCAAAAAAGUGGUAGUUGGAGGUGAAUGAUAUUAAAACACAAAUAAAUCCAGCAAAAUGGUAAAAUAUUAAGUAGACAGAGACACAAACUAUAUUUCCUAAUUAUUUGUGCAUGACUUCUGGCUGUUUUGUGUCUCCCUCCCAGUCUCAGUCACCGGUUGUUUCAUAAGCUGUCCACUUUCUCUACUCAUUGUACCAAUUAACCUUAAUAUAUAUAUAUAUAUUAAAUCUCUUAAAUCUUUAAUGAAUAAAAAAAUAAAAGAAUGUUUUUUUUUUCAUCUGAUACAACAUCAGACAUGAGUGUUUUUGUCACCAUGGUAUAACUAGCCUAAAUGUGUGGCUAUGAAUAAAAUAUGAUUGUUCUUUAAAUGAUUUCUAGUGAAUGCUAAUUGUGCUGGUGCGUUUAAGGAUAAAUAAAGGAAAAGUUAUGCUGGGGUGUUUUCAAUCCGUGGAUGAAUGAUUCGGCGAUUGUGUUGUGCCCUCUAGCGGUUCAAUUGAGGCAGUGUCAAAGUCAUAAAAGUAGAUUUACGUCACUGAACCUAUAAAACAACAAAAAAGAUGUGUCAUCGCGAGAAAAUAAGAAAUUUGCAGUGAAUAAAAGAAAAUAUCACAUUUGUCA